AGGGAGCCAGCAGCAAGCCGAGCGAGGAAGGGAGAGCGCAAGCCCGAGCGCAAAGGCACACACACUCGCACUCGCGUACACAGACCCGCACGGGGACAGCGUGGAAGGCACUGGGCUCCGCGGACGAGAUGCGGCCGCUGGCGAGACGUAUGUUGGUGGUGCUCGUCUCUGCACUGCUGAUGUGCUCGGGGCUGGCGUGCGGACCCGGCAGGGGAUUUGGGAAGAGGCGGCACCCCAAAAAGCUGACCCCUUUAGCCUACAAGCAGUUUAUCCCCAACGUGGCUGAGAAGACCCUAGGGGCCAGUGGAAGAUAUGAAGGGAAGAUCUCGAGAAACUCCGAGCGAUUUAAGGAACUCACCCCCAAUUACAACCCCGACAUCAUAUUUAAGGAUGAAGAAAACACGGGAGCAGACCGGCUGAUGACUCAGAGGUGUAAGGACAAGCUGAAUGCCUUGGCCAUCUCGGUGAUGAACCAGUGGCCCGGUGUGAAGCUGCGGGUGACCGAGGGCUGGGACGAAGAUGGCCACCACUCAGAGGAGUCGCUGCACUACGAGGGCCGUGCGGUGGACAUCACCACGUCAGACCGCGACCGGAGCAAGUAUGGCAUGCUGGCACGCCUGGCCGUGGAGGCUGGCUUCGACUGGGUGUACUACGAGUCCAAAGCACACAUCCACUGCUCCGUGAAAGCAGAGAAUUCGGUGGCGGCCAAGUCCGGCGGCUGCUUCCCGGGCUCGGCCACCGUGCACCUGGAGCAGGGCGGCACCAAGCUGGUGAAAGACCUGCGUCCCGGGGACCGCGUGCUGGCGGCCGACGACCAGGGCCGACUGCUCUACAGCGACUUCCUCACCUUCCUGGACCGCGACGAUGGUGCCAAGAAAGUCUUCUACGUGAUCGAGACGCGGGAGCCGCGCGAGCGCUUGCUGCUCACCGCCGCGCACCUGCUGUUCGUCGCGCCGCACAACGACUCGGCGGCCGGGGAGCCGGAGGCGCCGUCGGGCGCGGGGCCGCCACCGGGGGGCGCGCCAGGGCGCCGGGCGCUCUUCGCCAGCCGCGUGCGCCCGGGCCAGCGCGUGUACGUGGUGGCCGAGCGCGGCGGGGAUCGUCGGCUCUUGCCGGCCGCCGUGCACAGCGUGACGCUGCGUGAGGAGGCGACGGGCGCCUACGCGCCGCUCACGGCGCAGGGCACCAUCCUCAUCAACCGGGUGCUGGCGUCGUGCUACGCGGUCAUCGAGGAGCACGGCUGGGCGCAUCGGGCCUUCGCGCCCUUCCGCCUGGCGCACGCGCUCCUGGCCGUGCUGGCGCCCGCGCGCACGGACCGCGGCGGGGACGGCGACGGCGGGGGCGGCGGCCGCCUGCCCCCGCCCGCGCCAGGUGCGCCUGAUGCGCCAGGUGCGGCCGACGCGCCAGGUGCCGUGGGCAUCCACUGGUACUCGCAGCUGCUCUACCAAAUAGGCACCUGGCUGUUGGACAGCGAGGCCCUGCACCCGCUGGGCAUGGCGGUCAAGUCUAGCUGAAGGCCGGCGAGCCGGGG